GUCGCUUGUUAUUAAAAAAUCUGGUAAAUGUAGUUUCAGUCUUGUCGGUCACCGUUUUAUAAGCCUGACUUUAAAAAAUCAAUAAUUAAUAAAUAACAGUAAAUAUUGCAUGACGUAAAACUAAAACGACAAGCGAUACAACAUAAACAACAGUAAAACAAAAAUCAUAGGCUGGACAGAAGGCUCUGCUAGAUUUGUAGCUUUAAAAUAACAAAAGAUUUCAGUACUUCACUACGCUACCAAGUCCAAAAGCGAAACAGAAUGUCGUCAGCAUUGGCGCAGUCGUUCUAUCUUUGCCAGCAGACUCAGAUUGCCGCAGCAGUCUCUCACUUAACCUCUUUUGUGGGUAGUGUCAGAGCUAUGUCCAGUCAUAAAAACAGAUCAGUAAAUCACAGUAGCAAGCACAGUGGACACACACAAAGUGUAACAUCAGGACAGGACAAGAAAAGAGAAUUAGAUGAGUUCCAACCAUUACAAAUAUCUGAUAUGAAAAUAAUUUUCAAAGACAUGACAGCCAUAUUAACCACUCCAACCACUGCCUUAGCUGGUAAAAAAACAAACUGGUCACAGUGUCAUGUAUCAGCCAGUACAUUCUUUGAGAACAAAACAGGUUUCCCUAAAACACAUUUACUAGCAGAUAACCAUUCGACUUUGUCAACUGUAAAGACAGCAGCACAAGACCCAUUGUUCAGAAAAAUAUUUAAAUCUUUGAUAAGUUCACAUUAUAUACAGCAACGCGGCUUUAAGACACACAGAUCAGAGCGAAAUCUUGGAGUUGGUGUUGGCUCUAAGAAAGAUUCACCAGAUUCAUUUCUUGACAACUUUCAAGACUUGUUUGGCGGUCGCUCAGAGAAGCAAAGUGACCAACAAGGAACAAAAGUCGGCAACCUGUUUAACCCAACUUCACUUUCUUCUAAGUCUCAUUCUGAUCUUGAUCCUGAGUUGGACAAAAAACUCAAGAUAGCAUUUGCCGAAGGUUAUAGAGCUAAAGAAGAGGUUCCGAAGAAAAAGUGGCCAGGUAUAAGAAAUUUCAUUAUUUUGGCAUUUAUUUUGUGGCUUGCCUACCAAUUGCUGAGUGCUAAGAUUUCAAUAAAAACAGGUGGCUCACUUGGUUUUCUGAACAGCAUUUCAUAUGAAGUAAAUGCAGAAGAUGUAAAUGUUACUUUUGCAGAUGUAAAGGGGGCUGAUGAAGCUAAACAAGAACUGCAAGAUGUUGUUAAUUUCCUUAAAGAUCCAGAGAAAUACACAUCAUUGGGUGCUAAGCUACCUAAAGGUGUUUUGCUAGUUGGUCCACCUGGAGUAGGAAAAACAUUACUAGCCAGAGCUGUUGCAGGAGAAGCUGGUGUGCCAUUUUUUCAUGCUUCAGGUUCUGAAUUUGAUGAGUUGUUUGUUGGUCUUGGAGCUAAACGUAUUAGACAACUUUUCAGUGCUGCUAAAGAACAAGCUCCAUGUAUUAUAUUCAUUGACGAAUUUGAUUCAGUAGGUGCCAAAAGGACAAGUUCUGCUAUCCAUCCUUACGCUAAUCAGACAGUGAAUCAGCUACUGAGUGAAAUGGAUGGGUUUCAACAGAAUGAAGGUAUUAUUGUGAUGGGAGCCACAAACAAGGUGGAUAACAUGGACAAAGCUCUGAGGCGCCCUGGCAGAUUUGAUGUGGAAGUCACAGUGCAGUUACCUGAUUUGAAAGGAAGAAAAGAAAUCAUUGAGUUGUACAUCAGUAAAAUCAAGAAAGAUCCAAAUGUUGAUGUAGAUAAACUAGCUAAGGGUACCACUGGUUUUUCUGGGGCUGAACUGGAGAAUUUGGUGAACCAGGCAGCACUGAAGGCAGUUAUAGAUGGACAAGACACAGUCACUAUGAGCCAUUUGGAAUAUUCCAGGGACAAAAUAAUGAUGGGCCCAGAAAGGAAGUACAGAAUACCAGAUGAAGAAACAAAUUUAAUCACCGCCUAUCAUGAGGCAGGCCAUACACUGGUUGCGUACUUCACUAAAGAUGCCACUGCCCUGCACAAAGUGACCAUUAUCCCCAGAGGGCAGUCUUUGGGGCAUACAUCGUUCAUUGAAGAAAAAGAAGUGUACAACCGAACAGUCUCACAGUUGAAGGCAGCAAUGGACACGUCCAUGGGGGGCAGGGUGGCAGAGGAGCUGAUAUACGGGCCAGAGAAAGUGACAACAGGAGCCUCAUCAGACCUACAGCAAGCUACACGAGUAGCCACAGCUAUGGUCAUGGCUAACGGAAUGUCUGAAAAAGUUGGGCUGAGGAGCUUUACAGAUGAAGUGGAGUUAAGUCCAGUACAAAGGGAAAUAAUUGACAGCGAAAUCAGACGUCUACUACAAGAAUCCUACGAGAGGGCCAGAACCAUACUCCGACAGCACAACCAUGAACUAGUCAAUCUAGCACAGGCGCUCAUGAAAUACGAAACUUUAGACAAAGAUGAGAUCAAAAUGGUUAUUGAAGGGAAAAAGUUGAACAGGACUUUAUGAUCCAUGAAAUUUAUUUUAAACUCUUGACAAACUUAUUUAACAUUUCAACUGGCAAGCCCUGCUACAAGUCGAAGAAAUGAAAUUUUUUGGAUUCCUUUGAAGCUGUUUUGUGUAACCACUGGUGUAGUACAAGUUUGCCAAAAGCCCGAGUGGUUUUAAAAAAUUUCAAGUCCAACUUUUCUUAACUCAUGAGGGGAAAAAUACAAGGUUCAUUUAAUAUUUACUUGAUAGUAACUUUUUAAACAUUUUCUUGUAAGAGCUGAUGACUAAGUUUUAAUGAUAUUUUAAAUCAUUAUUUUAUAUGACUAAUAUUCAGGAUCCAUAUUUUAGACUAACUUUGAGAUCAUUGUAGUAUUUAUAGGCUGCCCGUAUAAUUUUAUCUGCUAUUUUAGGGUGAAUUUUAACAUGUACUUUUAGUAAGUCGAACAUUUUUGUUACAAGCGGAUGGAGUAUCUGGAGGUGCUACUGACUGAAUCUGUG